UGAGACUAACCUGCAGAAUGAAGUCAAUAAUGAAUAGUUAGGCAUCUUGAUGUCUAGAUAGAUGUUACGCGGUGUUUUACGAUGACACAGACGUAUCUUUUGAAUUGACCUAUCAGUAAAAACACACAUUACCGCCGAAAUAAUCUCAAAAACGGCAUUUUGUCCUUUGGGAACAUACCUAUCUCUCGAACACAACGUUAAUAUGUCGAGUUUGCUUCGAAUCCGCUAAUGUUCGCGACCCGGUGGCUUACCUGGACCCCCAAUCCAAAACGCUAUGUUGGGCGGCUGUUGGCUUACCGGAUGCGAUCACCGUGCAGCUUGGCUAGUAUGAUGAUUGGAUCGGUCGGGCUUUACUAUGUAGUACGAAAUACUAAGCCCCUCGCGAUCUUGCAGCUUCGCGCCUCUAUGAUCUUCGAUUCUCCUCACUCGACAAGUAGCUACACGAAAUUUAAUAGACUACUCGACCCCCCAAAUACGCCAUCGUCGCUAUCCCGUUGACAAUAAUAGCCAAUGCGUAUACCGUCACUACUUCAUUUUUUUCUUUUUCCAACAGCCUAACUAUCAUUGAGGGCCCUCGGUUAAAUACAGACGCUUCGAUCUCAUGGCGGGCAAAAAAUCCAUCCCGCAGGAGCGGCUUCCAGCCCUCCAACAGAUAUAUGACACACUUUGUUUCUACCUCGGCUUUUACGACGACGAAAAACACAUGGUACGCCAGAUUUUAGACAGCGAAUUCGUCAAACCUUACUUCAAAGAAUACCGGCGCGACUAUCUUGAAAUUACCACACAGCUAGAGGAUAUCGAUUGCGAUGAGUUAUUUGGGUGGUGCAGAUCAGUGAACGCCUUCGCAUCGCCUCGAUACACAAGCUCAUCCCCGAACAAGGAGGGCUGGACAGCACUCGACCACGCAGCACACUUUUUAGUUCACGUGCUUCACUUCAGCUGGCAAAACGAUGGAGAAUGGACACAUGGCAAAUUUGACCCCGAUAACGACCAGAAUAUCGAAAGUGAUACAGAAUUUCAUCAGGUUUGGGCCGUCCUCCGAUACCUACAAGCUGAAUGGGAAGCAGCCAACAUGGAAGGAUGGGAGGUUAGUGGUUUGGAUGAGACUUUUGCGAAUUUGUUGUCAAGCGAGCCGUGAUACCUCCAUGUCACUAGGAUAUCCAUUGUUGCGAUGUUUCUUACAAUGAGCCAUGUAUACCAGAGUUGUAGCUACUUUUGUGCGGGUUUUUAAUAUAUAACUUGUUGGCCAAUUUAA